GCUCCCGGCCCCCGCGGAGGAGCGGAGGAUCAAUGCGGUUCAGGAAUCGAUUCCAGCGUUUCAUGAACCAUCGGGCCCCAGCCAAUGGCCGCUACAAACCAACUUGCUACGAACAUGCUGCUAACUGCUACACACAUGCAUUCCUCAUUGUUCCAGCCAUUGUGGGCAGUGCCCUCCUCCAUCGGCUGUCUGAUGACUGCUGGGAAAAGAUAACAGCAUGGAUUUACGGGAUGGGCCUCUGUGCCCUCUUCAUCGUUUCCACGGUGUUUCACAUAGUAUCAUGGAAAAAGAGCCACUUAAGGACGGUGGAGCAUUGUUUCCACAUGUGUGACAGGAUGGUCAUCUAUUUCUUCAUUGCUGCUUCCUACACUCCAUGGUUAAAUCUCCGUGAACUUGGACCCCUGGCAUCUCAUAUGCGUUGGUUUAUCUGGCUCAUGGCAGCUGGAGGAACCAUUUAUGUAUUUCUCUACCAUGAAAAGUAUAAAGUGGUUGAACUUUUCUUCUAUCUCACAAUGGGAUUUUCUCCAGCCUUGGUGGUGACAUCAAUGAAUAACACAGACGGACUUCAAGAACUUGCCUGCGGGGGUUUGAUUUACUGCUUGGGAGUUGUGUUCUUCAAGAGCGAUGGCAUCAUUCCAUUUGCCCAUGCCAUUUGGCACCUGUUUGUGGCCACAGCAGCUGCAGUGCACUACUAUGCCAUUUGGAAGUACCUUUACCGAAGUCCCACGGACUUUAUUCGGCAUCUAUGACCAAUCCGUGCUAGGUCUUCAAAUCAGUAUUAUCCCAGUUGACACUUGAGUAGGGGUAAGAGCUGAGUGUUGCACAGGGAAGAAGAAUGAGCAACUUGCACUGACUUCCUUUAAUUUUUUUGAAUCUAAUUACUGUGAAAGUAUAAAAGCUGUGCCCUGGAGUUUUUCUCCUCACAGCCAACAAAUAAGGUAGUGAAUUAAUUCUUCAUUCCAUUCCACUAUCAUGAAGGACUCUGGGUAGACUUGGCCAACUGAUGUUUACAAACCAGAAUUUUGUAUUUUCGUUUUACAGAUUUUACUAGAUGAUUUUUCUAAAUUACUAGGCCAGGCUGUCAAAGUCAGUGCGGUAACACAACUUCCUUUUUAAGAAAAACAAAAGUUGUUUCUAUCGCUUUUCCCGUUCACUGUGUAAAGAAUCAUGGAAACGGAAACGGAACACUACUUUUUACCAUGUUUCAUCUUGACAUAACAUGGCUAUUUUUUUAAAAAGAGACUUUAGUUGUUUUGUAAAUUUUUAAAAAACUACUCCAUUGACCUGCACCCACACGGUUCCUCAGUCAUGUGAAGUUUUGCAGCAAGCGGUCAACAUUCCACAAACACAUAUACCUCUUCUGAUGGUUUUAUUAAGUGUGGAGAAUUUGCCAAUUAAAAAAACAAAACAAAACAAAAACAAA